AUGGGACAGCAACCAUCGACUCCUAAAAUAACUGCACAAGACAGGGCUAUCUUUCAGUUGAAGCAGCAACGAGACAAACUAAAACAGUAUCAGAAACGUUUAAACACAAUCAUUGAAAAGCAAACAGAAUUGGCAAAGAAAGCCGUACUUAAUAAACAACCCGAGAAGGCUAAAUUUUAUUUGCGCUCUAAGAAGCAACAAGAAUCGGUAAUCAGUACCACCUUCGAUCAACUAAACAACUUGGAAAAGUUGAUUGGGACAAUUGAAUUUAAGUUGAUUGAAAAAGAUGUUGUGUAUGGAUUACAACAGGGUAACAAGGUAUUGCAGAAAUUAAAUAAUGAGAUGCAAGUCGAAAAAAUUGAUGCAUUAAUUGAUCAAUUAGAGGACGAGAAAUUAAAGGUAGACGAAGUUAGUGAGUUAUUAGGAGGUGUCGAUCAAUUGAAUAGAUCAGAAGAAGACGAAGUGGACAAAGAGUUUCAAACUUUGCAAGAAGAAAUACAUGGCAAAAUCAAACAGGUCACAGAAGAAGAAGAAGAAGAAAGCAAUUUACCUAAAGUACCGAACACCAAACCUAUGCCAGAGGCUCCAAGUAAUGAAAUCGAAGAACAUACACCACAAAAGGAAACAAAACAUGAACCGAUUGCCAUAUAA